AAUUGUCUGAUCGCGAUAACAAAGUUUGGUGUCUUUUCUUUUCUUUUUGUUGUUCUUAUUUAAUAGUUUAGUUAAGUCAAUAUUCUAUAGUUUUUCAUGACCCAAGCAAAAACAUUAAUUAUCUAAUUGUUUGACACCAUCCUAAGAACAAACAUGGAUGUAGCUGGCUUACCUAGAUUAAGUCGAACACUGAACAAUGGGUUUAUUUACAAUUUUACUGCAAACAAUUUUUUUAGUUACUUCUGCGUUUUAUACUUUAUACACUGAUACCUACAUGAGAUUAUGCUAAACGUAUACAUGUUUGUUAUUUGAGAUUUUGUUCGUACAAUGAUCGUAGCUAUUAAGGUCUAUUAAACGAGAAAGAAACAAGACAAAUGUCUAAUGUUUGAUUGACAUAAGUUAUUAAUAUGAAUAUUGAUGAGAUGAUAGGUAACGAUAAGAUGCAUUCAUUUUGUUUACCUGUUGAAUCAUGUGUUGUUUGUGGUGACAGAGCAUCGGGUCGUCAUUAUGGAGCCAUUAGCUGUGAAGGUUGUAAAGGUUUUUUUAAAAGGUCUAUUCGUAAACAGCUUGGUUAUCAAUGCCGAGGCAGCAAAAUGUGUGAGGUAACAAAAAAUCACCGUAAUCGUUGCCAAUAUUGCCGCCUUCAAAAGUGCUUAACCAUGGGCAUGAGAAGUGAUUCCGUGCAACAUGAAAGAAAACCGGUUUCCGAUAGACCGGAAUCAGUACAAAUGUCUACCAGUCCAGAUAAUAACAAUAUCCCUACAUUUUCUUACGGAAGCAGUUCUUUUGUAAAAAGUGAAAUGGCAUCUUUUAUUAAAAAUGAUUUACCAUUUAUUAAAACAGAAAUACCAUUUGCAACUCACCGCUCAUUGUUUAAUGAUCAAGCAGCAGCUCAGUUACUACAGUCGUCAAGUGAGAAUGACACUUCUUUUCGUAAUCAAAGUUAUAUGGAUUAUUAUAUGGCAGAAGACGACGAAUCAUCAGCUAGUCAUUCUCCGAGCAACGAUGCUGAUGUUAAGCCAUUUAGUCAGGAUAACAAAAGCCUAUUAGCACUAGCACUAGAUUCUAUGAACAAUAUAACUCAGAGUUCUAAUGGUGGUGAUUCGACAUACGAAAACGAAACUGCUCGAGAUUACAAAGUUAUUGAUAUAUCUGGAGAAAUAAUGCCUCCGGCAAACAUUGUCUUCCCAUUCCAAUCUCCGAGCCCAAAAUGCAUGUAUUUAAACUUGCAUUUUAUCUGUGAAAGUGCAUCUAGGCUGUUAUUUUUAACAAUAAACUGGGUUCAGAGUCUUCCAGCCUUUCAACUCCUUUCAUUUGAAACUCAAUUGAGUUUAUUAAAGAAUGCAUGGCCGCAGUUGUUUGUGUUAGGCUUAACACAGUGUGCUGAAGCUUUAUCUCUGAUGCCAGUCCUUACUUCUAUGAUAACCCAUUUACAAAAUGAAAGUAUUCAAUCACAAAAUUCAAUCAAAGCUAAAGAGCUAGUUGAUUAUCUAAGUAAACUUCAGGAUUACAUUACUGAAAUGGAAAAUAUAGAAGUGACUAAAGAAGAAUAUGCUUAUUUGAAGAUAAUUUCUCUAUUCAAUACUGAUAAUCCUUCUGAGAGACAACAGCUGUACAAACUUCAAGAAAAAGCUCUUAAGGAGUUAAAACAACAUAUUAACAAAGAAAACUCAGAUGAACACCGCAUAGCUAUUUUAUUGUUACGUCUUCCAGCGCUGCGAUCUCUACAACCAAACAUCAUUGAAGAAAUAUUUUUUUCUAGUCUUCUAGGCAGUUUUCAGAUUGACACAGUCAUUCCACACAUAUUAAAAAUGAAAGGAUCUAAUUCAGAAUAUGAAGACUUUGUUACUAAAAAUUUGUUAUCGUCAUAAUGCAACGAAUCUGUUCCUCACAUCUUUACGGCAAUGUUUAUAAUAUUUAAUUUUAUUAUGCUACUCAACAAUAAGCAGCAGACGAAUAAAAUUAUUAAAGUAUUAAUAUAUAUAUAUAUUAGGUGUGCUCCAUUAGUUAUUACUUAAUCAAAUUACGCCAGAAUAUUUUUAGUCUCUUAUGGUAUAGUGAUGAGAUUAAAAUAACCCAAUAUGCAGAUUAACCAUCAGUAUUUUUUUAAAAAAUAGUUAUUAUUACUGGAAAAUACAAUCUUAAAACUAUGUAUAUAUGCGUUAUGGUUAUGACAAAUUUAUUUUUGGAAAUGGCUGUACAUCUCACAAAAUGAUAGAAUUAAAAAAAAAUUGUUUUAAAAGAAAGACCUAUUUUAAGUUACAUUGACAACAGUUAAUGACAAAAAUGUCGAGUAUUCGCUCUUAUUAUCAUUCAGUUAGUGAAUUUUUGAAAAAUCUAAAUCCAAUGCGUCUUGUCUAGUAAUAGAACCUUGAGCAAGUCUUUUCUUAAAAAAAAAAAAAUAAUUACAUUAAUAAUCAAAAUCCAAUUGUAUAAUAUAACAUUCAUUGGGCGGGACCUUUAGCUACUAUUUAAUGUUCAUUAAUUUAAAAGUAAAAAUAUAUAUAUUUAUUAAUUAUUAUUAUUGUAUAUCUGUCAUAAUAAUAAUUAUAAGCUGUUUACUAUCAAUUAAAAUAUUUGUGGUUAAAGUAAUCUAUACGGUAAAGGGUUUUAUUAAUUAUUUAAUUUACUAGUUUUAAUCAUAUAUUUGUUUUAUAAUUUUUGUAAAUUAUAUUUUCCGCUUAUGUUAAAUUUAAAUAUAACUAAAUGUA